ACCACGUGGUAACACCGCCCAGUUACUCGACCACGCCCACACAACAAUGGCCUCCCAGUUGAGGAGCAAAGUUAAAUCCUCCGUGAAAUCUCUCCUAACCAGACAGAAAGAUAAAUUUGAGGAUGGAGGCGAAGAUCUAUCGUCUGCAGCGAGCAGUCAAAACAUUGGACCAGCCAAGGAUGUAUCACCUUUACAUACUGACGAGAUGGUAGAUGAUAUUAUCAGUGGAAUGGAUGAGGUUUAUUUUGAUGACAGUCCUGGACACGACACUGCAAGAUACGAAUUAACGAAACUAGGCGACGGUGAUAUUGACAUGAAUUUAUUAGUGGAGAGGAUUCUCUUACUAAAGAAAGAAGACGGAGCCAUUUAUAAGAAAAUCUAUGACCUCGUGUAUGGCAACUAUACAGCAUAUGUACAGGAGUUGGAGAAUGUCACUGCUUUAGAGAUAUCAUUGCAAGAAACGACGAGGACUUGUGUGAAUAGCAGGAGGCAGCUAAGGAUGGCUAAAGAUGGAGUGUCAAGCGGUGGGUUGGGCCUAUUGGCAAAACACAGGAAGAGAAAGAGGCUCCAAGUUUUGCUCAAAAUAUUGAAAACAUUUAAAACACUGCAAAAGGCUGAAGCUACACUUAAAGAACAGCUUGAAGAAGGCGAUUAUCCUGGAGCAACAAGAAUAUGCUUGUGGUGUCAGCAAGCGAUUGAAACGUACAAACAAUUUACUUGUGUCAGCCAAUUAGCUGUUUCAUUACAAGACAUUCAUACAGUCAUUGAGAACGAACUCGAGCAAGCUUUGAGUAGAGUUCCGACCAGUUUUGAUUCAUCUGUGUACGGACAAGUUAAUGAUGCCUACCAGAUAUUAGGGAAAACACAGAGAGCUAAUGAUAUCCUGUUAAUGAAGUUUACAACAGCAAUUCACGAUAAUGCAUAUAGAAUAGUAUCCAGCUAUGCAGAGGGUGUUGGUGAUCGAAGCAGUUACAGAAGCAUCUGCAAGCUAGUGAAACCCGAGAAAUUUACCGACUGUCUCGUGGAGCUGUGUCGAAUAUUCUGGAAUAUUAUGUAUAAUUACAGGAAAGUGCAUCAGUGGCACAUGCAUUAUGAUGCAACAGUCUCUCCUAGUUCAAUAAUAGACUCUCAGCUAAUGAUAGAGGGAGAGGAGGGGAAAGGAGGAGGAGGAGGAAAGAGUGAUGCAGCGAUCGCUGAGAUCACUUUUCACAGGAAUUACAUAAAACAGAAAUUAGAUAACGGCUUCGCAAGAAUGUGGAGGGAUGUACAGCAAAAGCUCCGACCAUAUUUGGAAGGCUGCGACAUGUCUACUUUCCAGUACGACAGUUUUAUCAGAGUCUUGAACAUUGUCAACAGAUUGAUCACUAUUGGGAUCGAGUUUUGCGGUGAGGGAUCAGAUCAGCUUCAAGAAUCAAUGAGACAGCAAUCCCUUGGAUACUUUAGACACUAUCAUAGAGCAAGACUGGACGAGCUGAAGUUAUUUUUAGAAAGUGAACAAUGGGUGUCCUGUCCCAUACGCUCAAAUUUCACUGUCAACAUAUUAAGGGAGUUUCGUUUCCUUCGUACUGGUAUGACCACGCCCACCAGUCCUCAGAGAUUCCUUGCCUCGCGUGCUAUUGACUCAAAAGAUAACAUCUUUGAGCGAUACAAGGAAUCAGACAAUCCGUUUGAAGAAGAAGUUGAAGACGAAGAAACAGAAGAGGUUGUAGUGGAUACCAGGCAGUAUGAUAGUGAUGAGUAUGAUGAUGAACCAAGCUCAGCUUCUGCUGAAUUAAACAGAUCUUAUGUUGAUGAGAAGACCGGAGAUGCUCCUCCUCCAAAGGCUAAGCCGAAAGGUUACAGUCGGGAGAGAUCAGAGAGUGACAGAGGGGAAGCUGUACUGGCUAAUGUCACAUUGACUGUUGUCAGAUUUUGUGGUAAUUAUAUGCAAAUGAUGAAUGUACUCCAACCAAUAGCUUAUGAUGUAUUGCAGUACCUAACUAAUCUAUUUGACUAUUAUCUUUAUGCUGUAUACACAUUCUUUGCUCAAGAUAUGGUCAAUGACGAUAACCAAUUGAGUGCUAAGUUGAGUGCCUCUUUGGCUCGUAUUGCUAAUACAUUAUUAACCCAUGAUUCUAGCGUCUUAUCUUCCGGUGAUAAUGUAAAGGUUCCUUAUCCAGAGGCUAAUCCGUUCAUACAGUUGGAUAAUGUAGCCAGUCUCUAUGGAUUAAGCUUUAGAAUAGUAGCCAUUGAAUCACUUGUAUUUUUAGCAAAGCAGUUUGAAUACUUGCUGCCAAAUCUUGAAAGGCUUAUCCCCGAGGACAAGAAAUAUUUUCUGACACAAUUCUUCUCACAAACUGUCAUACCUUGUUAUGAGCUAAGGCUUCCAGUUUACAAUACUAUUGCAUCUAAAGGAAUACCUACAGAUCAAAUAUUACAGUCAAUGUCUUCAGUUAAAUUUGACAUAAAAGAGAUUACCUCACAGCACAGCAGAUAUGUGGACCAGCUUUUAAAUGAAUUUUCACAUUUUAAGGAACUUAUCGAUUACAUUAAUAAACAAGUACAUAUACCUCUUGAAUCUAAAGCAAUAUUGUGGAACAGAGUUAUACUGACUGCUUGUCACACCUUUGUUGAUGGUUUUUCUCAAGUUAAAAAGUGUUCAAAUGAAGGCCGUGCUCUUAUGCAACUUGACUUUCAGCAGUUUCGUACUAAAAUAGAAAAGUUGACAAAUUUGAGGCCACUCCCAUCUCAUGAGUACGUGGAGAAUUAUAUUAAAGCUUAUUAUUUAUCUGAAUCUGAUCUAGAGACGUGGAUUGUAAAACAUACUGAAUAUUCCAGUAAGCAGCUUCAAGCCCUUGUAUUGUGUGGCUCUGGUGGACUCUUGAAUAAGAAAUCUAAGCAAAAAUUACUAUCAUUGAUAGAAAAAUAAAAAAUAAUCUUUUUUAAACAUUUGUAUUGGCUAUAUAAUGUGAUAACAUUGCUAAUUAUUAUAAACAAAAAUUAUUAGAUGAACUUUUUAACUUCAAAUACAAUUUUAUUAAUAUCAA